GUUAUGUGUUUCAACCGGAAGUGACGCUAUUGUAGGACGUGUUUAGCGAUGCGCGGGAGUUUAUUGUUGCUAUCAAGAGAGCUAGAGUUCAUAUUAAUUUUCUUCUUUCGUCUAAAUCAAGAUAAUAGCAGCACAGGGAUUUGCAUAGAAUGGCUCAGCUAAACGAAGUGGACUUACCGCCGAACCUGUCAUGUCUGAAAAGCAUAGACACCCUCCUCCGUUGUCCUAUCUGCUUUGAGUUUCUCAACAUCACCAUGAUGACCCAGUGUUCUCAUAACUUUUGUUCUCUGUGCAUACGGAAGUUUCUGUCCUAUAAGUUGUUGUGUCCUGUUUGUAACUCGCCAUCAACAGAACAGGACCUGAGGAACAACAGAUUAUUAGAUGACUUAGUUCAGAGCUUCCAAGCAGCAAGGCAAAAAUUGUGCCACUCAAAUUUGGAAUCACCCCCUAUUUCCCCGGAAACCCCGGUUAUGAUGAUCAAAGGCAAAGCAGCAAGACGAAAGGGCCUCAGAAAGGAAGCAAACACCCUCAGUCAUUUUUUCCAGAAGAAGACCCCUGUGAUUCCCUCAUCAGAGGCCCAAACAAGUCUUAAGCUUCAUGUGCCAGUCAAAUCAGAACCCAUGGAGCUGUGUUUACAGCAGCUAGGUAACGUCAAGCAUGAAAAUGUUGAGGAUACAAUGGGAAUGGUGAAAGACGAAAAGAUGGAUGUAACUGCUUUUCCUUCCACGUCUCACAAUAAGCCACUGGUUAAAGUGGAAUGCCCUGUCUGUGGAGUAGGUGUGCCCGAACAGCACAUUAAUAAACAUCUGGAUAUGUGCUUGAGCAGAGAUAAAGAGGGAUUGAGAAGUGGUGGAAGGCGAAAGGCGAUGCCUAAGCUCUUGUACACUUUGAUUACUGUUCCAAAGCUCAAGAAGAUGCUUAAAGAGUGUCACCUGUCUGCUCAAGGCAGCAGAGAUCAGCUCAUGCGACGCCACCAGGAAUUCACCCACAUCUAUAACGCACAGUGUGAUGCACUCAACCCCAAAUCAGCUGAAAAAAUAGCCAAAGAAGUUGAAAACAACGAGAGGUUGAAGAAUCAAAUGGAGAGUAAACGAAAACCUGUAAUCGUCACUACGAAGAAUCAGACUGCUGAAGAAAUUGAGGAGUUGCACUCAAUGUACCGGAAGCAGCACAGUAGCGAAUUCUCCCGUUUGAUUGCCCAGGUCAGAGGUCGUCUGGAGACAUCCAAGAGAGCACCGGUCAAACAGGAAGAGGAGAAGUCUGCAGAGGAAACAGACUCCAAAGGUUCACCAAACAGCAUUCAGAACACUCCCCAGCCUCUCGUUUCUGCAAUGCUGGAAGUAAAGAGUGAAGAGAUGGAUGGGGUAAUUGAGCUUCCAUCAAGAUCAUCAACCCCUACAAUCAGUGAAGUGUCAGUCAGCAGACACGGCGAGUGAGUUCUCCUCUCCAGAAGUCCAGAGCAGCCUGUUACAGAGAGAAGUCUCCAUUCCCAUAGGGACGAUGUUUGAAGACCCUGUGAAGAGACACCCCCAGUUCAUUAUGUAACAAGAGUAUCAGUUUCAAGGUUUUUCUGAGCUGAAUGUGUGGUCUAAAUGUCAUGAAGUGAUUUUGAUUU